ACCAUGCCAGCACAAGGGGGACACGUUGGGACCCGCGGGACAAGGCACAGGGCACCAAAACCCCGAAACCCUUAUAUGUCUUAUCUAACCCAACAGCCACACACACACACAUAAGAAACCUUAUCUAACACAACACAUAAGACACAUAAGAAAAAGACAGGAGCAAAUCGGACCAACAACGCGCUGACUAAGGCCGGUCAAACUUUGACCAAGCUACGUUUGACCAACGUUUGACCAAAACCCCACACCCCCGACCACACACCCCCGACCCCAAAAACCCUAAGGGGGGAACCCCAUAACCCUAAACCAUUCUAAUUACGUUAAUUAAGCAUGUUUAAUACACAUAAUCCAACCGCCCCACCUUUUGCCCUUUCCUCAAGAACCACCGUGCGCGCGCCCUUUCCCGCGGCUGGUGUCAAGCCCGCAGGAAACGGCGUGCCGGCACGUGCGGUGCGCCCCGCCUACGCCUCAAGAACCACCGUGCCCGCGCCCUUUCCCGCGGCUGGUGUCAAACCCGCAGGUGACGGCGUGCCGGCACGUGCGGUGCGCCCCGCCUACGCCUCAAGAACCACCGUGCGCGCGCCCUUUCCCGCGGCUGGUGUCAAGCCCGCAGGUGACGGCGUGCCGGCACGUGCGGUGCGCCCCGCCUACGCCUCAAGAACCACCGUGCCCGCGCCCGUUCCUGCGGCUGGUGUCAAGCCCGCAGGUGACGGCAUGCCGGCACGUGCGGUGCGCCCCGCCUACGCCUCAAGAACCACCGUGCGCGCGCCCUUUCCCGCGGCUGGUGUCAAGCCCGCAGGUGACGGCGUGCCGGCACGUGCGGUGCACCCCGCCUACGCCUCAAGAACCACCGUGCCCGCGCCCUUUCCCGCGGCUGGUGUCAAGCCCGCAGGUGACGGCAUGCCGGCACGUGCGGUGCGCCCCGCCUACGCCUCAAGAACCACCGUGCGCGCGCCCUUUCCCGCGGCUGGUGUCAAACCCGCAGGUGACGGCGUGCCGGCACGUGCGGUGCGCCCCGCCUACGCCUUAAGCACCACCGUGCCCGCGCCCUUUCCCGCGGCUGGUGUCAAACCCGCAGGUGGUUACCACCAAGCCAGGCAUGCCCUCAGGCCACCCCUGCAUGGUGGCGAGGGCUGCUCAACAAUUUGGAUAGCGCCAAAGCCCCAGUGCUGCUGCUCUGUGGUGCUUGCUAGGCGAGCGCCAGGCUACACUAACAACAAGGCUGUGUCAGCAUUGCAGUUGGACUGCUGCCGCACAAACCGUACAGCACUGGCACCGGGCAAUGCACCCAUCGCCAGCAGGUGCUGGUACGGAUCUGUACCUACGCGCGUACCCUGGUUGCGCUCUGGUAUUGGAGCUGCCGGGUGCUGCGUGUCCAGGCAACGAGUGGCAGGGCAGCGCAAGGCAGCAGAUGAUGCGGUUCAGGACCCGGCCGCCCACCAGCGGCCGCGUCCAUCCACCAUCACGCGCAACGGCGCCCUCCGGCGCUAUCGCGUUUCUGACGCGGCGCCCAAUCACGCUCAGACAACUUACUAGCCAAGUACCGUGCGGAGGGUGCCCUUCAAGGGGUCGCGAGCUGAUGCCGUUCGAGCCUACCAAGCCUGGGAAGAUCGGCGGCGCCGCGACGCUAAGGCAGAUCUGCAUCAGCAUUUCAUUGCCUGUUUCAUGCGCUACCCUGAGCUAGCCUUAGGCUUGAAAUGGCCGUUGGCGGGUGAUGAGGUGUGGUGUAGGCGUUCGUGCGCAGCUGGGUGUAGGAGGCGAUGUCCGGCGAUGUCCGUUGACAAGAGAAGGCCGCUUCGGCGGCUGAUAGCCCCCAUACACCCCACCACCGACUGGGCGAAGGCGGUCCCGUUGCUGGGUGGUGGCCGCUCCGUGCGGGCGGAGCGCGGCGCCUAGACAAGGGGUGGGGGGGCCAAGGAGAAGCAGUCGCCCGCCAGACCUAACUAUGAGACCAGGAGAAGAUGUUUAGGCCGCGGUGUCAGUAGUGAAGAUGGAAGGGUGUGUUCUUGCGGUGUGUGGACUGUGCCCAUGAAUGACGCCAACGGCACCCAUUAGGCGGGUUCAGAGGCUCCAUGCGGUUUGGUAGGAAGAGAGAUGCAAGGCACCCACGGGACGCUGUGCCUCACCGAGAUUCAGGCGCCUAGAACGCCAGUACGUAGGUGCAACCCAACUCCCAGCGCUGUCUGCAGUUAUGCGCUACCGUUUAUGCGCAAGGGGCAGAAGCUGUGGCCAAACGUGAGAUGCCAACAGGUGAUGGGCCGUGACUCCCCGUCCGUUGUUGGCUGUCCAGGUAAUCAGAGCCUACUGGGUUGGCCGCUUUACGGUACAUCACUCCUUAUGAAAGAUUGGA